ACAUAUCGAAUAAAAGCAAUACUGUGUGUGUAUUAGUAACCAAUACAGUAGGCAGUGAAUGCCUUGACACACUGUCGAUCUUGUUUGUUUCAAAAUUGCUUAUAAAGAACCCUGGGCUCACUGCUGGAGCUACGUACGAUUUCUCAAAGCAUUGUUACGAUACAGACUGGUAUGAGUAAAAUGUCGCGAAUACUUGGUCUGAAAACCAUAGGUAAAUUGUUGAAAUGCGUACCAUCCUCCAGAGCAAAUAAGUCAGUGAGACAUUUUCAAAAAACAUAUAAACGCAUGUUACUUCCGUGUGUUACUUCUUUCGAUUUUAUUCUCGGUACUGAACACUCGACUCUCGCGUGUAGUACCAGCACUGCAUGUGUUUGGCGAAGUUUGUUUCCGUGCGCUGCGCGCCUGUUGGCUUUUGGCAUGCUGCAUUCCAUCAUCAAGAUCUGCAUGCCUUCAGGAAAUGCUUGACAAAUAACACCAAAUGGGUUUUUUCAAGGCCCGGUACCUGUUCGCCGUGCUAGCAGCGGUGUCGUUCGCCAUCAUCUAUGGGCUGAAGGUGAACCUGAGCGUGUGUAUCGUGGCGAUGGUCAACCAGACGUACAUAAUGCAGGAGCUGCAGCACCCUAACGGCUCCGUCACCUCCGGCCACGAGUGCCCGGAUGACCCCGACGUUCACACCUCAUCAGAGGAUGGGCCAUUCAACUGGUCUGAGACGCAGCAAGGUCUCCUGCUGGGUGCCUAUUUCUGGGGGUACAUGGUGAGCGAGCUGCCUGGCGGUCGGAUGGCUGAGGUAUACAGCGCGCGCUGGGUCAUGUUCAGUGCCGUCGCCAUCAAUGUGCUGGGCACUGUACUCACGCCACCCGCGGCCUACUUCCAUUUCUACUGCCUGGUUGUGCUGCGUGUGCUCGAGGGCCUUGGAGGGGGUUUGACUUUCCCAGCGAUGCAUGUUAUGAUCUCUCACUGGGCUCCACCUCAUGACCGUGCUGUCCUUACUGCCAUCAUAUAUGCAGGUACAGCAAUGGGUACUGUGAUAUCAUUCCCCUUAUCUGGAGUCAUUGCUGGCUAUUUAGGUUGGGAAUGGGUCUUCUAUAUUAUGGGAGCUCUAGCUUCAAUCUGGCUUGUACUCUGGAUCUGCCUCAUAAAAGACACUCCUGAACAACAGUACUUCAUCACUGAGGAGGAGAGGAAUAUGAUAAUGGAUACAACUGGUGACAGGGUACACCAUUCGACACGCCACGUUCCAUGGAAAGCAAUGUUUACUUCAAUGCCUUUCUAUGCCAUUCUUGUGUGUCAUUUCUGUGGCAAUGUGGGUUGGUACAUGUUGCUGAUGCAACUACCAUCCUACAUGAAGCAUAUUUUGCACUUCCCAAUUAAAAAGAAUGCUGGCCUAUCUGCACUCCCUUAUUUCUGCAUGUGGCUUUUCACCGUAAUUCUGGGCAAAUCACUUGAAGCCCUUGAAGACAAGGGUGUGAUUUCACAAACUGGUUAUAGGAAGAUUGCCACAUCAAUAUCAUCUCUAGGAGGAGGUGCCUGUCUUGUUGCUGUAACCUAUGUUGGCUGUAAUAAGGUUGCAGCAGUUAUCCUUAUGACCUUUGCAGUCACAUUCAUGGGUGCCAUGUUUGAUGGAUACUUGGGAAACCAUAUAGAUAUUGCACCUCACUUUGCUGGCACAAUGAUGGCUAUCACAAAUACUGUAGCUACAAUACCAGGAAUUACUGUCCCUGUGCUUGUGGGCUACCUCACUGAAGGAAAUCAAACAAUUGCUCGGUGGAGGGCAAUUUUCUAUGGAACAUUUGGGGUUAAUAUCUUCCUCUUUAUAUUCUACAUGAUAUUUGGAACAGGUGUUGAACAACCAUGGAACAAAAUUGAUUAGCUGCUAUUGGUGUUGAUGACUUAUUUAAUUUAAAUAGUGUCAAGCUUUAUUCCUAUUUUGUGAUAAUUUUAUUUAAAGUUACAUUGUAUUUAAUAUUGUGGAAAUGUGUACAAGUGAUGUGUAUGUGCAAAUAACACUUUGCAAUAAUAAACAAUAUUUGAUAACAAAA